AUGGAGGGAUGGAGGGAUGGAGGCGGGCUGGGAGCGCGGGGCGGCGGCAGCGCGGCCCCGACCACCCCGCUCCGCCUCCGCCCAUCCUCGCCGAGCCGGGCAGGUGGGGCGACAGCGUCUCCCCAUCAGCGCCAGCCUCAUUCCGAGCUUCCCGGAGGGAGGGUUUGCAUGAGGCUUAGCGACGUCUGGGGAAAGGGAAGAUGUGCGGACAACUGUUUUCAUGGAUCCCGUCUCCGCCAAGAGGACUUUCCACCACGGAUUGUUGAGCAUCCUUCAGAUGUGAUAGUGUCUAAAGGAGAGCCAACUACUCUGAACUGCAAGGCAGAGGGACGGCCAACCCCCACCAUCGAGUGGUACAAGGAUGGCGAGCGGGUGGAAACGGACAAGGACGAUCCGCGCUCCCACCGGAUGCUGCUGCCCAGCGGAUCUUUAUUUUUCUUACGCAUCGUGCACGGGCGCAGGAGUAAACCUGACGAGGGAAGCUAUGUUUGCGUAGCAAGGAACUACCUUGGAGAAGCUGUGAGUCGCAAUGCGUCUCUGGAAGUGGCAUUGCUGCGGGAUGACUUCCGCCAAAACCCUACAGACGUGGUGGUGGCAGCUGGAGAGCCUGCAAUACUGGAGUGCCAGCCGCCUCGAGGGCACCCCGAGCCCACCAUCUACUGGAAGAAAGAUAAAGUCCGUAUUGAUGACCGAGAGGAGCGGAUCAGUAUCCGUGGUGGGAAGCUGAUGAUCUCCAACACCAGAAAAAGCGAUGCAGGAAUGUACACGUGUGUGGGGACCAACAUGGUGGGGGAGCGCGACAGUGACCCUGCAGAGCUGACUGUUUUUGAGCGGCCCACGUUUCUCAGGAGACCGAUCAACCAAGUGGUGCUGGAGGAGGAGGCCGUGGAUUUCCGGUGCCAGGUGCAGGGGGAUCCCACACCCACAGUCCGGUGGAAGAAAGACGAUGCAGACUUACCGAGAGGAAGGUAUGACAUCAAAGACGACUACACCCUGCGCAUCAAGAAAGCCAUGAGCACAGAUGAGGGAACCUACACCUGCAUCGCUGAGAAUCGGGUUGGAAAGGUGGAAGCCUCUGCCACGCUCACCGUGCGAGCUCGCCCCGUUGCUCCCCCACAGUUUGUGGUGAGACCACGAGACCAGAUUGUAGCCCAGGGUCGAACUGUGACUUUUCCUUGUGAAACUAAAGGAAAUCCUCAGCCAGCUGUUUUCUGGCAAAAAGAAGGAAGUCAGAACCUACUCUUCCCCAACCAGCCUCUGCAGCCCAACAGCAGAUAUUCCGUGUCACCGACCGGGGACCUCACCAUUACCAACAUCCAGAGGUCUGAUGCAGGCUACUACAUUUGUCAAGCACUGACGGUUGCUGGAAGCAUUUUAGCAAAGGCUCAGCUGGAGGUUACUGAUGUCUUGACAGAUCGGCCUCCGCCCAUCAUCCUCCAGGGCCCCGUCAACCAGACCCUGGCAGUGGAUGGCACAGCUCUGCUCAAGUGCAAGGCCACUGGCGACCCCCUCCCUGUCAUCAGCUGGCUGAAGGAAGGGUUCACCUUCCUGGGCCGGGACCCUCGGACAUCCAUACAGGACCAGGGGACGCUGCAGAUCAAAGCUCUGCGGCUGUCUGAUACAGGGACGUACACUUGCGUUGCUACGAGUUCCAGUGGGGAGACUUCCUGGAGUGCUGUGCUGGAGGUGACAGAAUCUGGUGGAGCAACAGUCAGUAAAAAUUAUGAUAUAAAUGACCUCCCUGGGCCACCAUCCAAACCUCAGGUCACUGAUGUUACUAAGAACAGUGUCACCCUGUCCUGGCAGCCAGGGACCCCUGGAAGCCUACCAGCUAGUGCAUAUAUCAUUGAGGCUUUUAGUCAGUCUGUGAGCAACAGCUGGCAGACGGUGGCCAACCACGUGAAGAGCACCCUGUACACUGUGAGAGGCCUGCGCCCCAACACCAUCUACCUGUUCAUGGUCAGAGCCAUCAACUCCCAGGGCCUGAGCGACCCCAGCCCCAUGUCAGACCCUGUCCGAACACAAGAUAUCAGCCCCCCAGCACAAGGUGUGGAUCACAGGCAAGUCCAGAAAGAGCUGGGAGAUGUCAUUGUACGGCUGCAUAAUCCUGUUGUGCUGACACCCACGACAGUGCAAGUCACCUGGACGGUGGACCGGCAGUCCCAGUUUAUCCAGGGCUACCGGGUCCUGUAUCGCCAAACCUCCGGCCUGCCUGCUCCAGCUGUGUGGCAGAACCUGGAGGUCAAAGUCCCCACCGAGCGCAGCGCCGUCCUCGUCAGCCUGAAAAAGGGGGUCACUUACGAGAUUAAGGUCCGCCCUUACUUCAAUGAGUUCCAAGGGAUGGACAGUGAAUCCAAGUCUGCUCGUACCACAGAGGAAGCCCCAAGUGCUCCUCCUCAGUCUGUCACUGUCCUGACAGUUGGAAAUCACAACAGCACGAGCAUCAGCAUCUCCUGGGAUCCUCCCCCUCCAGGGAAACAGCCUGCUUGAAUUACAGAACAGAAAAUCUGGUGCCUAGGUAAUGAGACUCGAUUUCAUAUCAACAAAACAGUAGAUGCAGCCAUUCGGUCUGUAGUAAUAGGUGGCCUAUAUCCAGGUAUCCAGUACCGUGUGGAAGUUGCUGCAAGCACCAGUGCAGGUGUGGGAGUAAAAAGUGACCCACAACCCAUAAUAAUUGGAGGUCGUAACGAAGUUGUCAUCACUGAAAAUAACAACAGCAUAACUGAGCAAAUCACUGAUGUGGUCAAGCAGCCUGCCUUUAUAGCUGGCAUUGGUGGUGCAUGUUGGGUCAUUCUCAUGGGCUUCAGCAUCUGGCUGUACUGGAGAAGAAAGAAGAGGAAGGGGCUCAGCAAUUAUGCUGUCACCUUCCAAAGAGGAGAUGGAGGACUAAUGAGCAAUGGAAGUCGACCAGGUCUGUUGAAUGCCAGUGACCCCAGUUAUCCUUGGCUUGCAGACUCUUGGCCUGCCACAAGUCUGCCAGUGAAUAACAGCACUAGUGGACCCAAUGAUCUUGGGAAUUUUGGUCGUGGAGAUGUGCUGCCACCGGUGCCAGGGCAAGGAGAUAAAACUGCUACCAUGCUUUCUGAUGGGGCCAUUUACAGCAGCAUCGACUUCACCACCAAAACCAGCUACAACAGCUCCAGCCAAAUAACGCAGGCUACGCCAUAUGCCACCACCCAGAUCCUGCAUUCCAACAGCAUCCACGAGCUGGCUGUCGAUUUACCAGAUCCGCAGUGGAAAAGCUCAAUUCAGCAAAAAAAUGACCUCAUGGGAUUUGGUUACUCUCUCCCAGACCAAGGCAAAGGCAACAAUGCCUUGCUUUACAUCCCUGACUACCGGGUGGCUGAGGGACUGGCUAAUAGAUUGCCACACAACCAGUCACAGGAUUUCAGCACCACCAGCUCCCACAACAGCUCCGAAAGGAGUGGCAGCCUCUCAGGUGGCAAAGGAGGGAAAAAGAAGAAAAACAAAAAUACUGCCAAGCCCCAGAAAAAUAAUGGUUCAGCCUGGGCCAGUGUUCCCCUCCCACCCCCUCCUGUGCAGCCACUUCCAGGCACGGAGCUGGAGCACUAUGGGGUGGACCAGCAAGAAGCAGGAUAUGACAGUGAUGGUUGGUGUCCGCCUUUGCCAGUUCAGACCUACCUGCAUCAGGGCAUGGAGGAUGAGCUUGAAGAAGAUGAUGAUCGUGUCCCCACACCUCCUGUCCGGGGAGUAGCUUCAUCUCCUGCCAUCUCCUUUGGGCAACAGUCGACUGCAACCCUCACGCCUUCCCCACGAGAGGAGAUGCAGCCAAUGCUUCAAGCUCACCUUGAUGAGUUAACAAGGGCUUACCAGUUUGAUAUAGCAAAGCAGACAUGGCACAUCCAAAGCAAUACACAACCUCCUCAGGCUCCAGUCCCUCCCCUAGGAUACGUAUCUGGAAACCUUAUUUCAGAUUUGGAAACAGAUGUUCCAGAUGAUGAUGAUGAUGAGGACGAUAUUGAAGAAGAAACUGUAGAAAUCAGUAGGCCACUAAGAGGUCUAGAGCAUACUCCAGGCUCCAGUAUGGACAAUCUAGACAGCUCUGUGACAGGUUCAAUGGUAAAUGGCUGGGGUUCUGCGUCUGAUGAGGACCGUAACUUUUCUAGUCAUAGAUCUAGUGUAGGUAGCUCCUCAGAUGACUCCAUCUUUACCAGCGGCACUUUUGCACAAGCACUGGUUGCAGCAGCAGAUAAAGCUGGGUUUAGGCUGGAUGGAACCAGCCUGACAAGAACAGGCAAAGCAUAUUCUUCCUCUCAGAGACCUCGGCCAGGCAGUCCUUUUUCUACUGACAGCAACACCAGUGCAGCUGUCAAUCAGGGUCAGAGGCCAAGACCCACGAAAAAACACAAGGGCGGACGUUUGGAGCAGCCCUCUUUGCCUCAUCGCCGGGAGGGAAUCACGGACGAUCUUCCACCACCACCCGACCCGCCCCCCGGUCAGGGUUUAAGGCAGCCCAUAGUGCCGGGCCAGCGCGGAGGCUCAGCCGAGAGGAAGGGGAGCUCUCUGGAGAGGCAGCACGCAGCAGCCAACGUAGAUGACACAAAGAGCUCCCUGGACCGGCCCGCUAGGACAUCACUAGAGUGGCAGCGACAAGCCCAGGAGUGGAUAAGCCCUACAGACCGCCAAGAGGAUUUCAGGAAAGCCCAACACAAACAAGCCUUCGGAUCAGAAGAGGCACUCGUACCAUAUAGUAAACCCAAUUUCCCAUCCCCUGGUGGCCACAGCUCUUCAGGAACAUCUUCUUCUAAAGGAUCAACUGGACCUAGAAAAGGUGAAGUCUUGCGAGGAGGUCACCAACGCAAUGCCAGUGACCUUCUCGAUAUAGGCUAUGUGGGAUCAAACAGUCAAGGACAGUUUACUGGUGAAUUAUGUAAGUUUACCUCUAGCUCCAGUUAAAACUAUCAAAUAGAU